UUACGUAACCAUGACGUGAGCACACCCGGAAGUUCCAACGGCGUCAACCAACUGCUGGACUCCUUUAGCCGAGUGUUCCACAAUAUUAAUGAUUGUCAAAUGUACAGCUUCUUUUUCCUUCAUUGUAAUUCCUACAUAUACGAGUUAACUUUUGGAGUCUAUGCAUUAUAUAGCCUGAGCUUGUUAAAUGUUACACAAAGCGUAUCUUCCGGCUGUUGCUAGCACGGCAGCUAACGCGGCUAAAGCUAAUGUAGUGUUGACAUAACAGUACGUUGACGUCGAGCUUCUUGUCUUGUCGCCUGUUAAAUCAAUAAUAACAAUUACAUUACAUUUUACAGUAUAACCCGCGUGUAUAAUUACAAAUGGGGCAGCGUAUGACUUACAACAACAUAUAAAAUACAGUCAUUUAGUUGUCUGCCUGCCACGACUGGCAUAAGAGUGGCGAGCUUACCGGGCUCCAUUCCAAGCGGAGUCAAUGCGCGGGAUGAUGGGGAGCCAGAGCAGUCCUGUCAAGACUUACGACUAUCUUCUCAAGUUUCUUCUGGUGGGAGACAGCGAUGUUGGUAAGGGAGAGAUCUUGGACAGUUUGCAGGACGGCUCUGUGGAGUCUCCCUAUGCCUACAGCAGUGGAAUCGAUUACAAGACAACAACAAUACUGCUGGAUGGAAAAAGAGUAAAACUGGAGUUAUGGGACACAUCUGGGCAGGGGAGAUUCUGCACCAUCUUCAGGUCUUACUCCCGAGGGGCACAAGUGAGGACGACAGAUCGUUUGGGGUGUUUUUCCGUCAAAGCUAUACUGUGUACUAAGACUUUCCUCCCACAGGGCAUUUUGCUAGUCUAUGACAUCACCAACGGUUGGUCAUUUGACGGCAUUGACCGCUGGAUCCGGGAAAUUGAUGAGCAUGCCCCAGGUGUGCCCCGGAUCUUGGUUGGCAACAGACUUCACCUGGCUUUCAAGCGGCAGGUUCCAACGGAGCAAGCGCGGGCUUAUGCGGAGAAAAACAGCAUGACGUUCUUUGAGGUCAGCCCCUUGUGCAACUUCAAUGUCAUCGAAUCGUUCACAGAACUCUCACGAAUUGUGCUCAUGAGGCACGGGAUGGAAAAAUUCUGGAGGCCCAACAAAGUUUUCAGCCUCCAAGAUCUGUGCUGCCGUUCAAUCGUCUCCUGCACGCCCGUGCACCUCAUCGACAAACUGCCUCUGCCCGUGUCCAUCAAAUCCCACCUCAAAUCUUUCUCCAUGGCCAACGGCAUGAACGCGGUCAUGAUGCACGGACGCUCCUACUCGGUGGCUCACAGCGCAGCGUCAUGCAGCAGUAACGGGGGAAGCAAGGUCAGCAGUAUCAAACGCUCAAAGUCCUUCAGGCCUCCACAGAGUCCGCCUAAAAACUCUUCCUCCCCCUCCUCCUCCUCCAAGGGGAACUGUAAAAUAGCGUAGUGAAAGUGCAGUUUCAGGCCAGUGUUUACGAUGGGAAACGAGCUACCUACAAUAUCAGAGAUUAACGCUACCAUUUGGUUUAGUUUCUGUUUUCUUUGCACUUCUUGCUGCUGCCAUCUGGUGGAGGGCGCUGUAAUAACACUUACUGAAGAGCCAAACAAUGGACACAGACGAGCAGCACAUUUUUACUCACACUACAAAUCAUGGGAGCCACUUUAACUCCUUUUUUGGAGAGAAAGUUGAUUCGUUUUUCUUAAUAUUUAAAAAUAUUGUCUCAACUAUUUUAGAUUGUUUCCUAGUGAUUGUUAUUAUAAGGAAGUCCUUAUGCUCGGUUAGUACUGACUAUGAUUUACAAAGUGUCUUAUGAAUCUCAUUAAAAGCCCAACCUCUGCAACUUUCACAUUGAAGUUGAACUCAAAUAGAAAUAUUCAUAUUGAUUGUCAGGAAUUGCACUGAUUUAAGCAAAAAUGUGCAUUAGUUUAUUUACCAUUAGCACUUUGGCUACCCCUGUGGUAAAUUUUAAAUGUGCUUUAUAAAUAAAGUUGAUUUGAUUUGAUUUGAUUGGACAUGUUUAGCCCAUCAAUCAAAAGGAUAUUGACCAUAAACAAUAUGUUUGCUUGGUGCUGAUGAGGAAACUAACAUGUUUUUUUCUAUCUUGGUGGUUUGAAUGAACACAUUUGUUUUAACAGGAAUGUUUGCAUUUUGAAUAUUUUAUAAAUGCUAUGUAUUUAUGAAUGUACAACUCUAAAGUCUUCUACUUUUCUGUGGCCAUAUAGCAAGCGGUGGAAUGUGUUGAAUAUUUGUGUUUUGCAACCUCCUCUGGACAGGGUUGGGUUCUGUUGACAUGUGGUCAAUGUUUUACGUCGCAAGACACGCACAAAUGAUUGACAAGACGUCAUAAAAAGAGCACAUUGCUGUUUUUUUUUGUUUAAAAUGGGAUCCGAAUGAUUAAAUAAACCACAACAAUAUUGGCA